AUGUCUUUCAAAACCUUCCUGAUCUCCUCGCUUCUCGCGGCCUCCGCUAUCGCAACGGAUCACUCGUCUUGGGGCAAUGGUGGUGGUGGGGGCUGGGGCAGCGGCGGCGGCAAUGGGCUCAGUCAGAAUAAAGGCUCCGGCUCGGGCUCUGGCUCGUGGGGUGCAGCGGCAUCUUGUCCCGCAGGCUGCCAGCCGAUCGCCACAGGCACCGGAUCAGCACCAGCGUCGACAGCGGCCGGCGAAUUAAUUGUCCAAGUCGUCUCGGUGGCCGACGCCAACGGAUCCCUGAAAUACUUCCCCAACCAGAUCGAAGCACCAGUCGGGUCGAUAGUGCAGUUUCAAUUCCAUCCCAAGAACCAUACCAUCACGGAAUCCAGCUUCGCCGAGCCGUGCAAACCCAUCGCAUCCAAUUUGACAUCUUCGACCCGUCCUGGCAUCAAAUCUGGCUUCGUCCCCGUUACUGGCACGGAGGAAUUCACGCCUGUAUAUAACGUGCUGAUCAACGACACCAAGCCCAUCUGGAUCUACUGCGGCCAGACCAACCACUGCCAAAAAGGCAUGGCCAUGGUGAUCAACCAAAACAGCAGUUCGCCGAACACUAUCGACAAGUACAUUGAGAACGCAGCCAAACUGCCCCAAGUCAGCGCGGCUGCUCCGCCCGCCAGCAGCGCUACUACCGCUGCCGCGGCAUCCACUCCAGCCGCAAGCGAUAGUGCCACAUUUGGUGUCGGAACCGGCGAGACUACUUCGGCUGUCCAGGCUCCUCCUGCCCAGACGGUCGGGUCAGCUUCUACGACUACGUCUGCUGUUGGGCCGGCUACAUUCUUGGGCGCGGCUGACUCGCUGGUCCGAGCCGGCAAUGCAUCGCCGGUGGUCGGCCUGGUGCUCGGCGCAUUACUGGCUUUGUGGUAA